AUGAACACCAGCUGGACCCAACUGGGAGACCAGUUUGAACCACCUAAGACCAGGAAAGAUUCAACCUACUUCAAGAUGGUUUCAGCAAGGCGCUCUGCAGAAGCAGCAGUGAAGGACAGUGAGAGGAUCUUUACUGAGCUGAUCUGCUCCAUUGAGAGAAGGCGCUCUGAGGUGACACGGCUGAUCAGAGAUCAGGAAAAGGCUGAAGUGAGUCGAGCUGAAGAACAACUGAAGCAACUGGAGCAAGAGAUUGAAGACCUGAGGAGAGAAACUGAGCUGGAGCACCUUUCACACACAGACAAUCACCUCCAGAGUUUCCAGUCUCUCUCUGUUCGUCCUGGAUCUUCAGACUCACCCAGCAUCACUGUCAGUUCUCGUCUCUCUUUUGAUGAUGUUGGUAAAUCUGUCUCUCAUCUGAGAGAAAAACUGGAGCAUGUCUGCAGGGAAGAGAUAGAAAAGAUAUCUAGUAAAGAUUUCCAUCAGCUCACUCUCGAUCCGAACACAGUGAAUAAAAGCCUACAUCUGUCUGAAGGGAACAGAGUGAUUAAAUACACUGACACGGACCAGCCGUAUCCUAAUCAUCCAGACAGAUUUGAUCACUGGUCACAGGUGUUGUGUAGAGAGAGAGUGUGUGGACGCUGUUACUGGGAGGUGGAGUGGAGUGGUGGGGUGGGUAUAUCAGUGUCAUAUAAGAGCAUCAGCAAAAAGGGACGGGGAAAUGACUGUGGAUUUGACUCAUGACUCAAAUGAAAGAGAAACUGGGGAUGUCAAAGCUAGUGUGCAUGUCUUGAAACUCAUAUAGCAAAAAUAAUGUUAAACUAACCUUAACCACUUUAAGUUUGUUUCAUUAUAUGAAUUAAAUACUUAAUUUCCAAAUGUAGGAUAAAAGGGGACAAAAAUUAAUAGGAAUUAAAAAAAAAAAAAAUAGGUAAAAGAUGUUUAAGUUUAAGUGUCACUGCUACAUACUUUUUACCACAUUGUAAACGGAGACCCACCCCCGGCACUCAACAUAAACUGGUCCGGGACGGGUAUGUAUGCCCAUAUCUCAGCAAAAAUCAGACCAGCCCUUAUAGUCCGUAAUCGGGCCGAAUGUGGCAAAUUGUGCCGUGUCUCAGUGCAAAUCGAUAAAGUGACACCUGAGCCACAACUUACGAUCAUAACACCGGUUUUUCAGCACUACUUUUGACAUUUGUCAAGUAAAAAUGCUGCUGUAAUUUGUGCUUUUUUCCCCCUUUGUUUCUCUAUGAUCCUCUAUAAUUGAGAGUAAUCACCUUCGUUUACGCAAUUUGUGAUUUUUUUUAAUUAAUUCAUUUUUUAUUUUUUUUUACAUCAAACGUGUAGUCUGAUUGUUUGCAGUUUAACGGAAGGUGGUAUGAAGUAGGAUUAUUAUUAUUUUUUAAUUAUUAUUAAUUUGAUUUUAGUUUUACUUAUUACUGAAAGUUUUACUCUGUAUGUGGAUUUGGCAUAGAUGACUUAUGAAUCUUUCAAAAACAGCAAAAUACCUUUCUAAAAUACAGCUUACCAAAUGCAAGGGCUACGACGCUCUGCUGUGCUGUGCGGUUGAUCUCAUAGCUCCGCCCCAUAUAUAAAUUAUGCAAAUAUCCGGGCGCAACAACCAACGGUGACGUCCCAAUCUGAGCAUGAAUUUAACAGUAAUUUAUUUUGAACAGUUACACAUAACAUUUACUGCUUAUUUAAUGUUCUAUAUCAACGAUAUAUAAUAUUUUUAACAUUAAUUAUGGGACUAAAUAUUUUGAAUAUUAUAAAAACAUUUAUUUAACAAAUAUAUAUAAUAUUCAAAAAUAUUAUUGGAAUUUACAGCCAAUUCUGUAAGUUUUUAGACAAAUUUUAAAAACUUUUAAUGGUUUACAUGCAGUUCCCCCAAUCCAAUCAUAUCCUUCACUCAGCAUCUCCAAAAUCAACAUGCAUGGUUUUUCUUUGACUGUUAUUGUUCACGCUGACCGCUAGGUGGCAGAGUUGCAACUUGAAUAUAAACGGAGCAGCUAGAGCGCAAAUAUGCCUCUGUUUUGUUGAUAAAAAGCCGCUUUACUGGUUGUUAAUUUGUGUCUCAUGAUUACAUCGUGCUAGUUAAGAUUAAGAUUGUUCUU